UCCUAACUCCGCCCCCGGCGGGAUGUAAAUGGACUUUUGUACCUGGCCGGGGGCGGAGCCUGUGUGGGGGGGAAUGGGCAGCAGAGGAUGAUGGGAGAGGAGGCGCUGGGGGAGACGAAUGGGCAGCAGAGGAUGAUGGGAGAGGAGGCGCUGGGGGAGAGACCCUGGGCCCUCACGGCUCCCGUACUGUCCAGCUUUGCCCGGGAAGUUGCGCCCCGCAGGCUCCGUGUGGCCCCUAUAGAUGCCGAGGCCAUGGUGCGGGCAGGGAGGCUGCAGGAGUUGGGGGGCCCGGUGGAUCGGGGGGCGGCUGUGUGGGUCACUAAGAGCCAACUGCGGGACUUGGGCUUCUUCCACCGGGAGUGGGUGUGGGUAUGGGCGGUGCCGGGGGGGGAGGGGCAGGGGGGGCACCUCGCCAUCAUAUUGGCUACUGAGUUCUGCUGGGGGCAACCUGACAAGUACCGGCACCUUCUCAGCAACUUGUCUGCCCCCCCUGGCACCUACCCCCAUAGUACCCUCCCCCCUGGCACCUACCCCCAUAGUACCCUCCCCCCUGGCACCUACCCCCAUAGUACCCUCCCCCCUGGCACCUACCCCCAUAGUACCCUCCCCUAUGGCUUCCCCACUGGCACCCACACUGCCCUCAUCUCUGCCCCCCUCCUCUUUAACCUGGCGCCCCGGACUCGGCCUCUCAGUGAGAUUCUCAUACAGAGGUUCUGUUCUGACACAUUGGAGGGAGGCAGUUCUGCUCUCGUUGGACCCCCCUUGGCCAAGCAGCUCUGUGUGCAGAUUGUGGCGUCUCCAUCGUACGACAGUGAUGCCCCCUACAGGCAGGCUUUGUUCCACCACUUCCUAACUGCCAGGGUCAUUCAGCGCGGGGAUAUUCUGUGCCUCUCAUCGCUCUCACAUGGGGAGUUUUUACAGAACAAUCCGAGACGGGCCGGCAGGUGCCCCGACCUUUAUUUUAAGGUGCUUGGGAUUGAUGGGCGGCCAGGAGAAGAGCAGCGCCCCGCCUACCUCGCCCAUUCCAACCACAUGAUCCUGUUCCAGGAAGGCAGCACUCUCAGUUAUGUUCCGUCCUUUCCUUCCCGGGAUGGACAUGUGUUCUGGAGCAGUCUCUUCCCAGCAGGACUCUCUCAUGCAGUGGAUGAAAUCUGUCGCAUCCUUCAGCCUUACCUUGAGGUCUCGAGGGAGGUUCUCCCUACAGGAGGGCGGGUCCUGUUCUCUGGUUCUCCUUCCAGUGGCAAAAAGACAGUUGUGAAAGCCGCGUGCAGUCGCCUAAACCUCCAUCUGUACCAGAUUGAGUGUGCCAGGCUGUGCAGGGAGGGCAGCGCGGGCAAUGUGGCACGCCUCAAGGCUUCCCUCUCUAGGGUACCGGAGUUUGCCCCUUGCCUGGUCCUACUGAGUCAAGUGGAGCUUCUGGGCCGAGAGCGAGACGGCAGCAGGGAGGAUGGAAGGGUUAUCAGUGCCUUCCGUAGCCUUCUCCUGGGAGGGGAGACCCAGGCCAGGGAUCUCCCUGUGCUGGUUGUUGCCACCACCUCUUCCCCCAAGGAGAUACCACUGGACAUACAGACCUGUUUCCUGAAUGAGGUUUCCCUAGAGCCCCCGACAGAGGAACAACGGCUCAGCCUCCUGGCGGCUCUCACUGCCCCUCUGCCCCUGGGCCGGGACGUCAGUAUCACAAAGCUGGCACGCACGACUGCGGGUUUUGUAUUGGGCGACUUCUGCUCCCUCGUGUCCCGGGCCGGACUCUCUGCCUCCAACAGGAUCCGCAGCUCCAGGCCCGUUACAGAGGAGGAGGGGGAAGGGCCCUUGGCAGCGGGGGUUGCGCUCGGGGCUCAGGAUUUCCAGGAGGCCCUUUCUGCUCUGCAGGACUCCCAGGCCGAGGCUGUUGGGGCGCCCAAGGUGCCUUGUGUUCAAUGGAGGGAUGUCGGGGGUCUCCAUGAUGUGAAGCGUCAGCUCCUGGACACUGUGCAGCUUCCUUUGGAGCACCCCGAAGUGCUGUCUAUGGGUCUGCGGAGAUCAGGGGUCCUUCUUUAUGGCCCCCCAGGAACCGGCAAAACACUUCUGGCAAAGGCUGUGGCUACUGAGUGCGCCAUGACGUUCCUAAGCGUUAAAGGGCCGGAGCUCAUCAAUAUGUACGUGGGUCAGAGCGAGGAAAACGUUCGGAAAGUGUUCUCCCGUGCCCGCUCGGCGGCCCCCUGCAUUAUAUUCUUUGAUGAGUUGGAUUCGUUGGCCCCCAGUCGGGGCAGGAGUGGGGACUCGGGGGGAGUGAUGGACAGGGUGGUGUCGCAGCUGUUGGCCGAGUUGGACGGACUGAACUCAUCCAGCGACGUCUUUGUAAUUGGAGCGACCAAUCGGCCCGAUCUGUUGGAUUCUGCUCUGCUGAGACCCGGAAGAUUUGACAAAUUGCUGUACGUUGGGGUGAAUGAAGAGCGAGAUUCCCAGCUCAGAGUCCUGGCGGCCAUUACACGCAAGUUCUCCCUUGACCCAUCGGUGGACCUGUCUGCGGUGAUAGAGCGCUGCCCGCGCGCGGUUACCGGGGCCGACUUGUACUCUCUCUGCGCCGACGCCAUGAUGGGCGCCGUUAAGGAGAGGGUGCAGCAACUGGAGGAUGGACACCAGCAACAGACCCCAGAGCCGUUGGUCAAGAUGGAGCAUUUUCUUCAGGCAGCCAAUCGGCUGCAGCCGUCGGUGUGUGUCAGUGAGUUACAGCGAUAUGAACGUAUCCGCAAGCAGUACUCUGCUCCUGACUCCCCCGCCGUGUCCCUCGCCCGCUGAUACCCCUGACUCUGGCCGGGGAAGUGCCCCAUUAGCGCCACCGCCCAGUAACAACUGAUACAGCCGGAUCCAUACGGAGACCAUCGCCUAUGGGUGACAGGUUCUGUUCUGGGAAACUGCUCCGUUCCAGGGUCCAUUACUCAGUGACUACUGAUUAACCCCCAGUGUUUCACAGUCUGUAUAUUUAGAGCCUGGAGGUGCAGUUGUAUAGAAAGAGUGUGUGGGGGGGAGUGCAGUGGGGCCCCAGUUGUACUAGGAGAGAGCAGGGCGGCCCUCCAUCCAUAGAGUCAUAGUGACUGUCGGUGUAGAAUAAACUGCCCCAUGUAGAUAUUCACCCCCCUUGGACUUUAUUACCGUCUGGGAUUCCCAGUGGUUCUUGUGCAGCAUUUCCCUGUAUUUGGCACCAUCUGUUUUACCUUCUAUUGGAGGCAGAUACCCCGCCACGCGUUACCCCGACCCCCCACGCGUUACCCCGACCCGCCACGCGUUACCCCGACCCGCCUACGUGUUAACAUAACAUAGUAUCACUUUUAUUGUUCUGCAAAGAAACUGCAACCUGAGAUGUGCAUUGGCCCCUAUUUAUGCUGCUGUGGAAUCUCUCUCACUGUUCUGCUGAUUGGCUGCUGGGAGUGGAGGGGAUGACAUCACUUCUAAGUUGCAGCGCAGCAGUAAAGAGAGGCUGAGGGUUACCAGAGCACAAGUCACAUGGCUGGGAGCAACUGAGAAACUAAGAAUAUGUCUAUCCCCACCUCCAAUUUCAAAAUGAAAUAUUAAAAAAAUCUACUCUUUUGAAAA